CAUCCAGAUUUAAUAUAUAUAUAUAAACACUAUGUAAAUAGAGAGUGAACUCUCAGAAACACAAACCAACUCCAACUCUGAACACCAAUAUUAAACUCCCUAAAGUUUCAGAAUCACUUGCUGGAAAACUAAAAAGUAAAACCACCCAUGUCUGAAGGCGUGGUAACCUUUUUACUCACGAAGCUUGCAGACUUCCUCGUAGAAAGGGGAAAGAACCUGGCAGGAGUCGAGUGUGAAGUUGAGUAUAUCAGUGAUGAACUAGAGUUCAUGACAGCCUUCCUAAGACUUGGAGAUACGAUGGAAGACAGUGAUCCUGUGUUAAAAUGUUUGGUCAAGAAAGUGAGAGAUGCAGCUUAUGACACGGAGGAUGCUCUUGAUAAUUUCAGCCUAUCCCAUGUUAGUGAUCGUGGGCACGGUAUUUUUUCCUGUUUCAGGAAAAUUUCUCGCUCUAUUAAGGAUAAAAGAGCUCGGCGACGAAUUGCUUCAAAAAUCCAAAGCAUCAAAUCUCGAGUCAUCAGUAUCUCAGAGUCACAUCGGAGAUACUGCAACAAGAAUAAUAUAAUGAUUCAAGGAUCAAGCUCCAACAGCAUCCCUAGGCUGGAAUGUCAAAGGGAUGCCCUUUUAAUAGAAGAAGCUGAUCUGGUGGGCAUUGAAAAACCCAAAAAGCAAUUGAUUGAGUGGCUUCUUGGAAGCAAAACAGGACGUGAAGUGAUUUCUGUGGUCGGAAUGGGAGGCUUGGGAAAAUCAACCUUGGUGAAAAGGGUCUAUGAUGAUUCAAACGUGAAGAAACACUUCAAGUUCCGUGCUUGGGUAACUGUGUCUCAAUCUUUUAAGAGAGAAGACCUCUUAAAAGACAUGAUUCAACAGCUCUUCCGUGUCCAUAGAAAACCAGAUCCAAAAGGUGUGAACAGCAUGGACUACAAUAAGCUAAGAAGUGUCAUCCAUGAAUUCCUUCAACAGAAGAAAUACCUGAUAGUCUUGGAUGAUGUGUGGCACCCAAGUGCUUGGCAUGCUUUCCAGCAUGCGUUGCCAAACAACAUCUGUGGCAGCCGAAUAUUGGUCACCACACGAAAUACUGAAGUUGCCUCUACCUCAUGCAUGGAUUCCCCUGACAAAGUCUACCCUUUAAAUCCGUUGUCUCAAGAAGAAUCAUGGACUUUGUUCUGUAAAAAGAUAUUUCAGAAUAAUAUUUGCCCUCCGCAUUUGAAGAGUGUUUCAGAAACAAUUCUGGAUAGAUGUGAGGGCUUGCCGCUUGCAAUUGUAGCAAUUAGUGGUGUUCUGGCAACAAAGGACAAGAGCAGAAUAGACGAGUGGGAAAUGGUGCAUCGUAGCCUUGGUGCUGGAUUAGAAGAAAAUGACAUGCUGAUGAGUGCAAGAAAAAUACUGUCACUCAGUUACAACGAUUUGCCUUACUAUCUUAAAUCUUGUUUGUUGUAUUUCAGCAUCUUCCCUGUGGGUAACCGAAUCAAGCGCAUGACGCUUAUUCGAUUGUGGAUAGCUGAAGGAUUUGUCAAAGGCAAAGAAGGAAUGACAGUAGAGGAAGUAGCACAAGACUACCUGAAUGAGCUCAUGAAGAGAAGCUUGGUUCAAGUGGUGAAGACAACCACUGAUGGACGGGUAAAAACAUGCCGCAUCCAUGACCUCCUGCGCGAGAUUAUGAUUGCAAUGGCAAAAGACCAGGACUUUGUAGCAAUCGCCAGGGAAGAAGGCAUUACAUGGCCAGAAAAGGUUCGCCGUGUGUCAAUCCAUAAUGCCAUGCCAAAUAAACAACGAAGACAAGUUGCCUCUCGACUUCGUUCGUUGCUUACAUUCUGGGUGGCAGAUUGUAAUUAUGAGUCUCCUGUACGCAAAUUGUUUUCUGGUCGUCUCAGGCUGCUUCACGUGUUGGAUCUGGAAGGCGCACCUCUAAAGGAAUUUCCCAAGGAAAUUGUCAGUCUCUUCCUCUUAAAAUACUUAAGUUUGAGGAAUACCAAAGUGAAUUUUAUUCCGAGUACUAUUAGCCAGCUUAAGAAUCUUGAGACGUUGGAUAUGAAACGUGCUCUAGUCUCUGAAUUGCCUGCUGAGAUUCGGAAGCUCCAGAAACUUUGUUACCUCUUGGUGUAUCGUUUUGAAAUUGAUUCUGAUGACCGGAUCCCCACCAAAUACGGUUUCAAGGCCCCGGAUCAAAUUGGACGUCUACAAUCCUUACAAAAGCUUUGCUUCGUAGAGGCAAAUCAAGGGAGGAAUCUUAUGUUCGAACUGGGAAGACUGAAACAGUUGAGAAAGUUGGGAAUUGUAAAGUUGAAGAAAAAACAUGGGAAGGCUCUCUGUUCUUCUGUUGAAAGGCUGACGAAUCUCCGUGCCUUGUCUGCUACUUCUAUCACAGAAAAUGAGAUUAUUGAUCUGGACUACGUAGCAUCGCCUCCUCAAUAUCUUCAACGAUUGUACUUGGGAGGACGUAUGGAGAAACUACCAGACUGGAUAUCUUCACUGGACAGCUUGGUCAGGUUGGUUUUAAAAUGGAGUCAGUUGAAUGACGACCCACUUGUAUCUCUUCAACAUUUACCCAACCUAGUACAUCUUGAAUUAGUACAGGUUUACAAUGGAGAGCUCUUGUGUUUUCAAGCCAAGGGAUUUCAGCGACUCAAGUUCUUGGGGUUAAAUAAACUAGAAAGGCUCAGGAUGAUAACUGUAGAGCAGGGAGCAAUGCCCUGUCUAGAAAAGCUGAUAGUCCAGAGCUGCAAAUCACUGCGGAGGGUGCCAUCAGGCAUUGAGCACUUGAGUACGCUGAAAGUACUGGAAUUCUUCGACAUGCCAAAAGAACUAGUCAUGACUCUGCAUCCUAAUGGAGAAGAUGGAGAUUACUUGAAGGUUGCACAUGUGCCUGAUGUCUACUCUACGUAUUGGAAUAAUGGUAAUUGGGAUAUCUUCUCUUCACUGGGUGCCAAAUUAGAAGACAAACACUCUGCCCAGCUUACUCCUAGAAUGAUCAAACGCAAUUAUACUUGGAAAUAAUGUGUGAUUACUAUUUACUCAUCAAAUACUGUCUGGUCUAUAUUGAUCAAUGUAUAUAUAUAAAUCAUGAACAAGCUUAUGUUUAUGUUCCA